UGCCGUGGCAGAGAGACGCGUAUCGCUGUCGGAAUGUUGCUUUAUGUAACUUGCGCCGUACUUGGACUGAUCAUCUUCGUAUGGCAGCGACGGCGGCACCUCUCCAUUCAUCAACGCAACAAUAUACCGGGACCACCCCCGUCGUUCUUUUCCGGAAACUUGUGGGACAUCUACAAACAUGGUCACCUAAAGAUGUUGAGUCGUUGGCACAAGCAAUACGGACCCGUGGUCGGAUACUAUUUUGGCAUGAAACCAGUCGUUGUCUGCGCUGAUCCAGAACAUCUGAAGACGAUACUGUUGAAGGAAUUCCACAACUUCGCCGACCGCUCCGACCUAGUCAGCGGAGGCCCCGUCGGAGGUCUGGAUAGUGCCUUGACCGUCCUGCGCGGCCAACGUUGGAAGGACGUGAGGUCGACGCUGACACCGUCGUUCACCUCGAGAAAACUGAAACAAUUGAAUCCCGAGGUGUGCUCCAUUGUAGACGGGUUCCUGAAGAAUAUCGAUACAGAGUUCGCGAACUCGAACGAGUUCAACAUCUACGAGCUCUAUCAAGCCCUCACACUGGAAACUAUCUGCAAGACGGGCAUGGGAGUUGACUUUGGUAUUCAGGAGGACAUCAAGAACUCGAAGAUCCUCGACUCGUCGAGGCUUAUUUUCACCCAGAAAUUCAAUUUAGUUGGGGUGAUUAUAAUUUCUUUUCCUAUCCUGUGGCCGAUCCUCGGUAAGCUCAUCACCGCACUGCGACUUCGAGCGCAGAAUGAAGGCAUCAAUCCAGUGGAUGAUCUGAAAAAAAAGUGUGCCGAUGUAGUCAAACUUCGACGCGCGAACCCCGAGAAUCAUCGGGUCGAUCUUCUCCAAUUGAUGAUCGAUGCCCAGAAAACCGAAAAGCCGACCAGCGAUGACGAUCUGAUCGCCGGAGACGUCGCAGAGGAAAAAGACAGAGAGUCGAACGAGGCAGCUGCGAAUGUCGCGGGUUCCGAGUGUCCAUUCUCUGGGAAAUCGAGGGGACUGACCGACGAUGAAGUCAUAGACAAUGCUUUCCUAAUUCUCCUGGCAGGGUUCGAGACGACCUCUUCGUCCUUAGCUUUCAUCACGAAAAUGCUUCUCCGUUUCCCCGAAGUGCAAGAGAAAUUGAGACAAGAACUCCUGGAAGCUACAGAUCGGGGGAAGAGAUUCGAUUUUGAAAAGUUGCAGAAAUGUCACUAUAUGGAAGCAGUCAUUCAGGAGGUUCUCCGCAUGUACCCACCCGUGUUCUUUUUCACAACCCGAGAAGCCAAGGAAGACAUUGUCAUCGACGAUUUCACGAUCCCCAAAGGCAUGGGGACGUUCGCCUCAACGGACGAACUGCAUCACAAUGAGGAUAUAUUCCCGGAUCCUUACAAGUUUCGGCCGGAACGCUUCCUACCGGAGAACAAGACGUCAGCGAUGUCUUGGGCAUGGCAACCUUUCGGGGCAGGACCGCGGAACUGCAUUGGCAUGAGAUUUGCUCAGAUGGAGAUCAAAAUAACAUUGGCGAAACUGCUCACGAAGUAUGUGCUAUCGUCCCGGUUGGAGCCUUUGAACGAUGAGCACAUCGAGACCGAUGAUUUCCCCGUCACUCAACGAGUCGGAGAAUCUUUAUUGUGCAAAGUCGAGCGAGUUCAGCUAUCUCCCGAAUGAAAACGUCUGAGAAUACUUCGCUCCCCAACCCCUGC